CUUGAUCGUUCAGAUGAAGAGAACUGCAGACCUGCAUGUGGUCCUGAUGAGUGGACAUGCAGGAAUGGUGAUUGUAUCCCAGGCUAUCAGCGAUGUGACAGAACACCUCAGUGCAUUGA